AUGGGUCUGUUCGGUCCCACACCUGGUAUCAUCUCCAGAUUCAUUGAGCCAAGCCAGGACGAUGAUCGCGUGCCUGCGCGCUUGCUGGCCCAGUGUGUGGCCGUGAACUCCGGAGGUAGCGUUGUCAGGUACCCGCAAUCGGGCGGCAUAGGGACCGUCGGACCGGAUCGUAAAAAAGAAAGCAUCACCAAAUCUCGGCCCGCGUCCUCUCUCGAACAACCACCUUUCUCCUACCACCCACGCCCACCCAACACUCGCACCCAAAGGGAGGGCAGCCCGCCAUGCUGCGCUACUCAAUUGUGUCCAGCCAGCAGCGGCUCUCGUCCGCGGUUCGGCAGCGGACAGCGACGCAAUUGCUGGCCAGACCUGCCGCGAGCAGUCGCAUCUUCGGCCAGAUACUUCGCCGACUCGUCAAAUACCCCUCCCACCAGUCCAACCCCUGCGUCUCCUGCCUCGCAGUCAACAAUUCCUCCCGAGAACGUUGGCCAGCUUCUCCUAAGCCUCCAGCCCCACGGAAAACCGGUCGUUUUUCGGAGAUUCCUUCUCUAUCUCUUCCUCACCUCCGGUCUUGCGUACGGUGCCGGUAUUUACCUUGCCUUGAAGUUCGACAACUUCCAUGAUUUCUUCACCGAAUAUGUUCCGUUUGGGGAAGAGAGCGUCCUGUACUUUGAAGAACGCGAUUUCUACCGCCGAUUCCCCAACGCCAGAAGGCAUCCCAACCGCCUUCCUCCUGUUCAGAAGGAAGAAGCCAAUAAGGUGACCAUUCCCGGCAAGAGUGGGCUUUCUUGGAAGGUAGCAGAGAAUGAAACGACACCAACCGAUAUCUCUCACAAGGGCCCGCAUAAUAGCGCAGUGCAGAAGCAGGAAGCCCGCCAGGCAGAGUCGGAAGCAAAGAAUCAGGCUGUCAAGGAAUCUGCAAAGAAAUCGGAGCCACCAAAGCGUCAUACUCAGAAGGAGCAGCCUAAAGAGGAACCACGGAAACCUGCUGUCAGCACUAUUGAACUCAUUAAAGUCAAGGAAGGAGACGAGCCUGUGGUUCAAGAGUUGGUGAAGGUGUUCAAUGACGUUAUCACUGUCAUCAGCGCCGAUGGUGCCGCGGAUAAAUACUCUGCGCCGCUUGCGAAAGCGAAGAGUGAAAUUGAGAGCAUAGGAGAAAAGAUCGCGGCCAUUCGAACAGACGCUCAAAAACAGGCCGAGGAGGAGAUCAAGAGGGCACAUGCUACUUUCGACGAAGCUGCCAGAGAACUUUACCGCCGCAUCGAUGAAGCACGUGCCGAGGAAGCUGCUCAGUACCGGGAGGAAUUCGAAGCAGAACGUGAGAGACUCUCUCUUGCGUACCAGGAGAAGAUCAAGACGGAACUCCAGAAAGCACAGGAAUUGGCCGAACAGCGUUUGAAGAAUGAGCUCGUCGAACAGGCUAUCGAGUUGAACCGCAAAUUCCUUAACGACGUGAAAGAGCUGGUCGAGAGAGAGCGCGAGGGCCGAUUGAGCAAGUUGAACGAGCUCUCUGCUAACGUCAACCAGCUUGAGCAGCUCGCUACGGGCUGGAGCGACGUCAUUGACACGAAUCUGAAGACUCAGCAGCUUCAGGUUGCCAUCGACGCUGUUCGCUCCGUGCUCGACAACGCGGAUACGCCGAGGCCAUUUGUCCGCGAGCUUGUUGCUGUAAAGGAGCUGGCCGGGGACGACCCUGUUGUGGCGGCUGCCAUUGCUUCGAUCAAUCCUACGGCUUACCAGCGUGGUAUUCCUUCUACCUCUCAGAUUAUCGACCGCUUCCGCCGUGUGGCCGCUGAGGUGCGAAAGGCUAGCCUGCUUCCUGAAGACGCAGGCAUUGCCAGCCACGCCGCCAGCCUUGUCUUGAGCAAGGUGAUGUUCAAGAAGGACGGCUUGGCUGGCGGCGACGAUGUGGAGAGCGUCCUCACGCGGACAGAGAAUCUGCUGGAAGAGGGCAAUCUUGACGCAGCUGCGCGGGAGAUGAACACCCUUAAGGGAUGGGCCAAAAUCUUGAGCAAGGACUGGCUGGCCGACGUUAGACGGGUAUUGGAAGUGAGACAAGCUCUAGAGGUUGGACUCGGCUCCGCAGCGAACCCGCUGUUUGGUGUCUACACUGUCAAACUUGAUGCGUCCCCUAUUCCGACUUCAGCUCGCAGAUGCUCCGUAGUCGGUGAUAACGGCCUCCAUGGUGCCGCGGCAGCUCGUGCAACACAGGACCGAAUACGGCUGAUACACUGCGUCUCCCAUAAUCUCGCUUCUUCGUCUGAUAGCCAUCAGUCCACCUCUGCUGUCCACAACGGGCAUCGAGGUCGAGCGGAUGGCAAUCCCGAGUCUCAAAGGGACGUGCAAAUGGAUGACAACAAUGUCGUUGGCGGGGAAUUAGAGGGCAGUACACUGGGCAGCAGCUCCCGAGAUGAGGAGAAACGAAGCCACAGGCCACGAAGGACCCAUAGCUCUGGAGGGUUCUUACUUGACUCUGCCUUCGGGCCGUCUGCACGACUCCUAGGUUCGAUUCACCGUCCGCACCUUUCUCUGAGCAGUAGCAGCGGCAAAAGGAGAGCUGCGGAGACAGAGAUUACAGUUCCCAAAAAGAGAUCAUCACAUCGCUCCACAUGGCAUCAACAGAAACCCUCGUUGGGCAGCUCGCCCUUGGCAACGACUGUGACGAAUGCCACUCCUGCUGACGGUACCGCUCAGCAUGCUUCGGAAUCUGCAGGCUCAGAAAGUGCGAAUACGACUCCCCGCGCCGCUUCUGCUCUUUCCAAUAGUCCCAGGGUUGGGUUGGACACGGAUCCUGUGCAGAUUGUGAAUCUGGCUUUGAACCUCAGCGAGUCCCGAAGACGGAAUUACGCUGGUCGUGUUCCUUCUAGCCCCCUGCCAGGUGGAAGGAGGACUGUUUCCAGCAGUCAGGCCCAUUUUAUGCCUGUCGAUAAUCAUGUGCAGAGAUCUGCGGCGAGUGUCGGACAAGCCUCAUCACAAGCUCAUCGUCAUUCUAGUUAUACAGCUGUGGAAAACAGGUUUCAAAGGAGUUUUCCUCGUUCUGCAUCAUCACCUUCUUCACAGGAGCCCGUGACAGAGCGUCUUGCCCCUCCAGGUGUUCUGCCUGGGACCAGCGAUCGUGAUUGGCAGGUGUCGUAUGACUUUUCAGAUUCCACGCUUGCGAGAGCAGAAAAGGCCCGUCAGCAUUUUGAGCUCUUUUGGGAGUAUCUUAGACUGCUUUCCCACCUGCCGCCUCUUCGCCCCUCAAGCCAAGAUUCCGCGUCGUCCACUGAUGAUCCAUCCCCUGGCCGGGAGUACAAUCCUCUUCAAUGUAUUCGCAAUCGGAAGGUUAGAUAUCGAGAGAAGUAUCACAUUAACGUCGAAUCGGAGGGGUGGCAUGAUGUGGCCAAGGUGCAUGAAUGGGUUAACACGAUUGAAGGUUUGCACGGUGAGAGUCGAGAUCCUGACCUGUGCUUGAGAUUGCCGCCCUUUCAAUCUCCACCUGAAGAGAGGAAAGGUGAGGACGAGAAAGCAGACGAAAUGGCAGUCUCGCCCUCAUCUAGCGCAAGGCGAUCGAACGUCACAGGCAGUGCGAAACCUCAAAGACCACGCUUCGACUGGAUGAUCACCCCUGCCGAGCUCCUCGCAGAUGCUGCCUGGCUCGAGGACGGUCUCAACAAGGCCAAAAUCGUCGAUAAGGAUGGUAACAAGCUCUAUCCUGACCCGACAAAACUCAAGCGUGUUGGUGGUGAUGCUCCGGCCCCAAAUCUCUCCGCAGUUGACGUGACUACCUCAAAGCAAGAGAAACCUACAUCUACAGAGGAAAUAGGGUCACCUGCUGUUUUACCUACUUUUGAGCAUACCAGGCAUGAGAGGAGUUCCGAUCGUGGCCAUCAUCGGCAUAAAUUGCGAAGCGCUCUACACAUACCUCGCAGUCCCAGCAGCUCCGAUAGAGCCAAGGAUCACAAAUGGACAGCGGCUGCUCGUCGGUCUAGCAGCUCUUCAAGUGACUCUACCAGCGAUGACGAGAUGUCCCGUGGUAGAAGUCGGCAGGCUAACUGGGAGAAGAGACUCAAUAGCAAACUCGAGGCUGCUAUUCACGCUAGGAAAAUCUCGAGUUUGGCAAAGUCCCGUUCGGCAUCUCCCAAGAAGGAUGCCAUCCACCCAGAGGACAACAUACAGUCUGCGCAUAGAUCAUUUUCUCAUCGAGCUUCGAUGGAAAUGAGGGACGAUAGCGGGAAACGAGAAGUUGAAACGAGUAAAGUGCCUGUUUCGUCUGCAGCAAGUAUAAUCGAGAAAGACGACACCCGUAUGUCCUUGGACUUGGAUAGCACUGCGCCUAAUUCGCCGUCGCACGGCCCUCUAUUUCCCAGCAUCACCGCCAACCUCUCUCCUCCUUCAAGUCGCUCACCCUCCCCGCGAAGGAAGCCCUUUCCACGAGUUAUCGGCUCCUUACAUGAGCGAAGCAAGAGCAAGCGUAAUAAUCAACUGGACCAAGGAAUUGUCGUUGACGAAAGCUUCCCCGAAGCCGAUCUACAGCACACUACACAUAGGGAUGGUGAUCGGACCAAGAUUUUAGGCCCAAGCCCCUUGCCAGAACAGCCAGAUGAACCAAGCGUUGGUGAUUUACGCAGGUCGGACACCACCAAGGGGCAGAAGUCAUCUGCCCAGCAGGAAUCUAAGCUUCGUGGGCUCUUCAAGGGCGGUAGGAUCGCCGAGAUUGUCGGCAGCGAAGUAUCCCGGGUCGGCGACUUCAUUUUGCGGAAGGACGGGGGAGGUCAUUCCCGGCGGUCGUCCUAUGCAUCGAGCUUCGUAUCCGAUUAUCGCGAAUCGGAUGAUGAGAAAACCGAUGGCGAGACAAAGGCCGGAAAAAGGACACCCCUACGCCGUUCAGCAACGUUGUUCAAUAACGAACUGGAGAUAAUUUCUCGAAGGGAAACGGACAAAGAACUGCCAAAGUCUUUCAUAUCCAAUUUACCGACUUUUGCACCGUCCUUUCGAUAUGAUGACCGUGGCGAUCAUUCCAGAUCCCCCGAGUUCGGUUCUCCUCAAGAUCUGCGGGUGCGUUCGCCUCGCAAUUCCGACCGUGUUGGUAGCGUCCAGUUCUCGGUAACGAAUCAGACAGACGAGUCACCGUCCUCGCUUGAGCUGUUGGACUCAAGUACCUCCUAUGGUGACCGCAGGCCCAGCUACGGUUUUGGCUCUGCCCUGAAGGCUCUGCUGGAACAGAACCGAGCGAAGAAGGUUGAGAUCCCAGGGUCUAUCGGGAAAGAUCGACCGCCAGUGACAGGCCUGGCUAAUAUAGAUGCUUCUUCAAGUUCUGCUCCGCGCAACAAGCGGCCUGUGCUUUCAGAUGCUACACGUACUUGGAGUAUUUCCGGCCGCAGCAUGACCACAUUGAGCGAUCCCAACCUUACUGAGAAGCGAGAGAUCGAGCGAUUCCGGGCGCUUCUUCUGUCUUCCGGUAUUAAGGCUCGGGAGAUCUGUCGCAGGGCUGAAACGACUGCAGAUCCGCCUUCGAAGUUCCUCAUCCAAAGUAUGGCGGAUUUGCACACUGCGGUUCCACAAGUCCCUCGCUUGGAGGAGUUUGACUGCGCGGCUAGGAACCUUGUUCAGAGAUUUGAGAACACCAAAGCGAGCCUUCAUCAGUCGAUGCAGCGCUUCUCCAAGUCGGACUUUGCUCCGCUCCAAUCCGAGCUGGAACGUCUCGAGACUCUAGUCGAUCAAUCUCUGACGCCGCGGGUGCGAGCUGCGGCGCUCGAUGCGGAAGCGCUGAGCACGCAGCUGAACACGACCAGCACGCUUGAGGUCAAGCAGCUCAGCGACGCGUUGGACAAGGGGAUCAGGAAGCGCAACCGCCGGCUUCGCUGGGUGCGGCGCGUUGGGUUCGUGCUUCUGGAGUGGACCGUUGUCGGCGUCAUGUGGUGGCUGUGGCUGGUCGUGAUGAUCUUCAAGGUUAUCCGCGGUAUCGGGAAGGGUGUUAUUUCCACCAUCAGAUGGGUGUUGUGGUUGUAA